AUGGCAGGACUUAUAGCUGGCCUUCUCGGACCAGUGCUUCAACCAGUGGUUCAAAGCAUCUUCGCACCUCCUCCGCAGCCUCCUCCGCCGCCUCCUCCAGCCCAAGCCCCUCCCGCUGUUGCUGCCCCAGCUCCGACACCAGCCCCGCCGGCACCGGCACCAGCGGCUCCUGUAGCUCCAAUUACUGCACCAGGAGCUCCACCGCCAGCACAGCAGGCUCCCUUGCCUCAGGCCCAACAGCAAGCUCAGAAUGUAUUUCCCCAACAGUCAAAUCAAAGUCCAGCGUUCUCAAAUCCUCGCAUUGGCACCGUGAUCCCUGAUCAGAAUCCAAAUCAGCAACCAGGUAGCUCCCAAUCAAAUGAUCAAUUCGACGACCAAACUAUCGGUGGAUCUUCGGCAGACCAACUAGUCGGCAGUGAACAACAAAGUCAAGGGCAAUUCGGUCAGCUGCAAGGCGGCUCUAGCCAAUCACAGCAAGAUGGAUUGAACCAAAGUCAAGACCCAUUCAGUCAAAGGCAGCAGGGACAAACUUUCAAUCCUCAGGAGCAGCGAAAUGGAACUCUGGAGCGUCCUCAGACUCCCAGGGGCCAAAGUAAUAGACCUUCUCAGGCCAACACUCCCCAAUCUCAGAAGUUUGGAAGUCCUCAAGCCAAUCUCGGUCAACGCCAGGGUCAGGAAAGUCGUGCAUCGAUCUCACCUGCCUCCAACCGGGGUGGUUCGGGCUACGGGCAAGGUGUCAAACGUAGGUAG